AUGUUUGCGUGUCCUAAUCCGAAUUGUCGUAGCGUCUUCAAGUGGAAGAAGAAUCUGCAAUUCCACAUUCGCCACUAUUGCACACUGAAGCCCAGGUUCAAGUGUCCUUACUGCGAGUAUAUUGUCAAGUACAAGGCGGAUAUACGGAAACACAUUCUGGCUAGACAUAAGAAUCGCUAUGUUUAUGCUAUCGAUACUUCACAGCAAAAAGUCGUCGACGUUUAUCUCGCUCUGGAAUUCCAGGAACGAUUAGCGGCAGGAACUAAUUGUAACAAAAACGUCAGGACCUAUCGUCGCAACAAGGAAGGGACGUAUUCAGAGGUGUUUCCGUGCCUUAAUCCGAAUUGUGGGAGCGUCUUCACGUUGAAACGAAACCUGCAGACUCACAUUCGCUACCAGUGCGGCAGGGAGCCCAAGUACAAAUGCCCUUAUUGCGACUAUGUUGUCAAGUACAAGUCGAACAUACGGGCACACAUUCCGAAAAAACACGAGGAUCGCUUUGUCUAUGUCAUCGACAUUUCUGAGCAAAAAGUCAUAGACUAA